UUUCAGAAAUGGAGCUCACAGACCCUGAAGAGCCCACUGACCUAGAUUCUGCAGUUUUUGCUCUUCACUCGAUGCACUUGGCAAUUUGUACGGCGGCGCUGGUUUUCAAUGCGUUUUUGUUAUACUUGAUUAGAAAAUGCUCAGCAUUCCAUCCACACAUGAAAAUCAUCAUGAUGCACCAAACAAUGGCAAUAAUCGCGACAGACAUCUACCUGUUCUUGAGAUCCUCAAUAGGCCUCUGGCAGACUUAUGAAGAAGCUCCCCUUCAAGUAGCACCACAACACGUGGACGAUGCACAAUGUGCAUUCUCUUCCUCAGUUCCAGAUUCCCUUUGUGUCCUUUUUCUAUGGUUUCCAUUUUUAUUGGCAAUUGAACGAACCUACGCAUCGCAGAAUUACGAGUCCUAUGAGACGAAUGAAUUUCCGACGUUUGUCGAAAUUUCGUGUGGAGUUAUGUGGUUCCCGGUAGUUUCGGAGAUCAUAAUUUUUGUGUUCACUUGGGGAAUACCGUCGAAUCUCCAGGCUUGCCAAUACUCACUUCUGCAGAAGACUAGUAUGCAAAGAAACACGUGGUUUGUGAUAAUUGCCUCGUUUUCCGUGUGUUUCUCCGUUUUCUUCAAGUUACUGGAAAUGAAAAACAAGGCAAUGGAGAUUCAAUUGUACAAUGAUUACGUGUUCAGUGCCCGAUUUCAAGUUCGUGAAAAUAUCAAGACAUGCCGAUUUGCGUGCGGGCUCCUUCUCCUUUUCUUCACAUUUUUCUUCAUUUUCUUCAUUUUCGAUAGGAAUUUGGAGACUAGCGAUGAAUCUCGAAUGGCUUCUGCGGCUAGAAGGGAGUACUUAUUUUUGAUCUUCCCAAUGUUUGCACUUGUUUAUUCAUUACACUUCUUAACCGCCAACUCUUCACUGUUUGAAACAGCCAAGCGAACUCUACAACAGUACUACUAUCAGGAACAUGAACGAAUGCUCGAAUAAUGAUGAUCUUUAUGCCCCGUGGCACACUACCCGACUAACCUGUGAUCUACAUACAUACAUACAAUUAAUUGACAUAUUUUUGUAAAAUUUCAUGAAAAUACAUAUUUUUCUUGUAUAUACAUAUUUUUGAAAUUGAGAAUAAAUUAUUAUUAUUUUU